AUGGCUUCCAGAUUGUUCAAUACUACUUUAAAGACUCUUCCAAGAGUUGCUGCUACUCGUUUGGCUACCAAAUGGAUUAGACCCUCCAUUGUUCCUCAGAUGAGAUUAUACUCUGAUUCUACUGCUUCUCAAUUGAAGCAAGUUCUUAGCUCUGAAUUGAAGAUCUCCAAGUCUUUGCCAUUGGAAUUCGAUGCCACCUAUCAAGAAUACUUGGACAAGCAAGGGUUCUCAUUGAUUGAAACCGAUGGUACUUCUGCUGUUGAAUUGGUUAAGACUGCAUCUGAUGGAAACAUUAUUCAUGUCUACUUUGAUGUUGAUGAGAUCACUGAUAUCCCAGUUGAAGAAAACUUUGAAGAAGAAGCUGAAGUUGGCGAAGAUUCCUUGGAAGAAGAGUAUGGUGCCAUGGACUCUAUGCUCUCUAACGUUAAGAUCUUAAUUGAAAACAAGGGUCGUAAUGAUGGUUUAUUCAUGAACUUGUAUUUGCAAAACACUGAUCUGUCAUUCUUGGUUGACUUUGUUAAUUACCAAAAGGAUGCUACUAAGUUUGUCACUGAAAACGUUGCUAAGGGUGAAUUCAUUGAUAAAUUCCAAUACCAAGGUCCAAGAUUCUCUGAUUUGGAUGAAUCUUUACAAGUUGCCUUUGAAGAAUAUUUGGAAGAAAGAGGGAUUAACGAGGAAUUAGCUGAAUUUGUUAUUUCUUACUCGGAAGUUAAAGAAGAAAAGGAAUACAGAAACUGGUUGGGAGAAGUUAACAACUUUUUGUAA